GCGCCCGCCCAGUGCUGCAGACAACAGAUAAAGCAAAGGUUGACCGCGUGGUGAAGAGGUAUCACUCGAUCAAUUUCGGCGGUUUUCCGGGUGCGUAUGCAGAAACCUUACUGUAAACGCUGAACCGUGUAACACUUACAAGUGUAGUGUUCUUUUUCUGCUCGACCCAGACAAGCUAGCGGAAGCUGUGUUGGACAAGUUGGACUUCGAGGCAGGCAACGCAGUUUGAGCAGAAAGAGUGAGGCACAACGUUACCAAAAAGUGUUAACUGAUCGUAGCUAUAAAUUUGUAACCUGUUCACUGAGUAACAUGGGCAAGAAACAAAACUCCAAGGGUAAGAAGGACCCACAGGAGACGGAGACACAAGAGCCACCGGAGGAACCAGAAGAAUUUGUUGUGGAAAAAGUUCUCGACCAGCGUAUUGUCAAUGGGAAAGUAGAGUUCUACCUGAAGUGGAAAGGAUUUACAGAUGCAGACAAUACCUGGGAGCCAGAGGAGAACCUCGACUGUCCAGAGCUUAUUUCAGCCUUUCUGGAAGCACAGAAGAAUGUGAAGGAGAAGCCUGCUGCGGUAAAGAGGAAGGCAUCGACAGAUGAGGCUGCGGGAGACAGCAAGAAGAAAGAACCUGAGAAACCACGUGGCUUUGCAAGGAACCUUGAACCAGAGCGCAUCAUUGGAGCGACUGACAGUAGUGGAGAGCUGAUGUUCUUGAUGAAAUGGAAAGAUUCGGAUGAAGCAGAUUUAGUCCCGGCCCGUGAAGCCAACACUCGCUGCCCUCAGGUGGUUAUCGGCUUCUACGAGGAGAGACUGACAUGGCAUGCCUGUCCGGAGGAUGAAGCUCAGUAGUUCUUCUGGCCUCUGCAGUUCCUUGCACCACCUAUGCCCUUGUCCUCAGGAAUGAGUUGUCCUCCUCUGGCUUGCUGUCUAGUUUUAGUGAUUUAGUUGUUUUUGAAGUUGUUUCAAUCUUUGCAAUGUGGGCAGUCAAGGAGAGAGAUGUUGUACAUAUGAGCUGAGUGAAUUGUAAGUGAGCAGGUGACUGUGUUGUGAUGUACGUCUUUCAGUAUCAAUCAAAUGUGAUCUGAAGGAAAUUUAGUUUAAAGCAUACUCUUUGACAGAAUCCGCCAACCCCCAUAUUAAUAAACAGUUACAUUUAGUACAUGGUUCAUUGAUUAUUUUAUCUGUUAAACUGUCGACCACCCUCUGUAUCAACCUAAGCAGAAGGUAUUUUUGUCUUUGUUCUAAAAUGCAUUUUUGUAUACUUGGCCUGUAAAUAUUAUUUGAAGUUCUAAUAAAGGUUUUAUGUGACCAAA